AUGGACCCAGUCAAGUACAUAUUUGAAAAACCCACUCUCACCGGACGGAUCACUCGGUGGAAGGUUCUAUUGUCGAAAUUCGACAUUGUUUAUGUCACUCAAAAUGUGAUAAAGGGAAGCGCCCUGGCAGAUUACCUGGCUCAACAGCCCAUCAACGACUACCAGCCUAUGCAUCCAAAAUUCCCGAAUGAGGACAUCAUGGCCUUGUUUGAGGUGGAAGUAGAGGAUGAAGACAAGGACAAGUGGAUUGUGUUGUUCGAUGGUGCAUCCAACGCACUAGGCCAUGGAGUAGGGGCAGUUUUGGUUACCCCUGACGACCAAUGUAUACCCUUUAUGGCUAGAUUAGGUUUUGACUGCAUGAACAACAUGGCUGAAUACGAGGCAUGCGCCCUUGGGAUCCAAGCGGCAAUUGACUUCAAGGUCAAGUUGCUCAGAGAGGAGAAUCAAAUGGCUGAUGCACUUGCCACUUUAGCAUCCAUGUUUCAGCUGACCCCGCAUGGGGACUUGCCGUACAUCGAAUUCAGAUGUCGUAGCAAACCCGCACAUUAUUGCUUGAUUGAAGAGGAGCAAGAUGGUAAACCCUAG